GGGACCCAAGCAUUGUGCCCAUCCCCCCUGCCAUGUGGGAACUGCGGUCAGCCUCCUUCUGGAGGGCCAUAUUUGCUGAGUUCUUUGCCACCCUCUUCUAUGUCUUUUUCGGAUUGGGGGCCUCACUGCGUUGGGCCCCCGGACCCCUGCACGUCCUGCAGGUGGCUCUGGCCUUUGGCCUGGCCCUGGCUACACUGGUGCAGGCUGUGGGCCACAUCAGCGGGGCCCAUGUCAAUCCUGCAGUCACUUUCGCCUUCCUUGUGGGUUCCCAGAUGUCUCUGCUCCGUGCCUUCUGCUAUAUGGCAGCCCAACUCCUGGGAGCUGUGGCUGGGGCCGCCGUGCUGUAUAGUGUCACCCCGCCUGCCGUCCGAGGAAACCUAGCACUUAAUACGUUGCACCCUGGGGUGAGUGUGGGCCAGGCCACCACGGUGGAGAUCUUCCUGACGCUCCAGUUUGUGCUCUGCAUCUUUGCCACAUACGACGAGAGGCGGAAUGGCCGCCUGGGAUCUGUAGCCCUGGCUGUUGGCUUCUCCCUCACCCUGGGGCACCUCUUUGGGAUGUAUUAUACUGGUGCAGGCAUGAACCCUGCCCGCUCCUUUGCUCCUGCCAUUCUCACCAGAAACUUCACCAACCACUGGGUAUACUGGGUGGGCCCAAUCAUUGGAGGGGGACUAGGCAGUCUCCUCUACGACUUUCUCCUCUUUCCCCGGCUCAAGAGUGUUUCUGAGAGACUGUCUAUUCUCAAGGGUGCCAGGCCCAGUGACUCCAAUGGACAACCAGAGAGCACUGGGGAACCUGUUGAACUGAAGACCCAGGCCCUGUGAAAGCUCCAGUUGGCUAGAGGGAGUAGGAAGCUUCUGGGUUUACUCGGAGGGGCUGAGCCAGCCCCUGGAUGAAGAAAGAGACUGGGGGAGGGACAUGUACUUCUUUAUUUUUUAAUUUAUGUGUGUGUUUUUUUGCCUUUUGCCGUGUGAAAUCUUUCAAGUUGCAUUCAUGAGCUGAUUUGUGCAAACUUCCCUUCCCUUUCUCCCCAUCCCACCUCUCUUCGCCGCUGUGUGUGCAUGAUUGUGCGUAUGAAUGGUAUGAAUGUGAGUGAAUGUGGCUGUGUCUGAGUUUUGGGGCACAGCAGGAGAGGUAGGGAAGGGAAAAAAGGUGUCACCCUAUACCUUCCUCUCCCAACCCAGUGUGGUGAGCACAGGGAACCAAGACCUUUAAGCUUCUGGCCUUCACCCUGCUGCCAGUCAAGUUUAUUAGGGCCCUAGGUUUAUGCGGGAGCAGGGAAGCAGGGAGUACUCCUCACAGGAGGCAGAUGGAGACAAGGCAUUCCAAGGAUUGGGAGAAGGGGCUGGGGGCAGGGAGAGAGAAAAUGGAGGUAUGAGCCCCAGAUCAGGCUGCAAUUGUACCAAAAAAAGUUGGGGAAGUUAACAGGAGAGUGUAGCCUACUUAUCUCAGGGAUGCUUGCCCCAGGGACUUGGGUGGGGAAGUAGCUCUGAGAAAAGUGAACACUGGGGUUUGAACUGUUCUGUAAAGCCACAUAAACUUGUCUACAUCCAC